AUGAAGUAAACUAUAUCUUUUUCUUUUUUGAUAGUAAUAUGUUUUGAAAUUCAAACAUAUUUGUGUUGGAGCAUUUCAAUUUUACCACCAUAAUACCCAUAUAGAUAAUUUGAAAUACAAUAAUCAAGUAUUGUUGAUGGAAAAAGUGAAUGUUUUGGAGUUUGGAGUAAAUAUUUACCUUUGAGUAAUAUUGUAUAAACAGGAGAAUACGGAAUACUUGAUAGUAGCUGCUUUCAUUAAUUUAGAAUUUAAGAAAAAGUAGAAAAAAAUUUAUAUUUUUUAUUUUUUGAAUGCAUAAGUUUUGAGGAAAAAAUUGUUAAGAAAUACUUUUAAUUUUUAGAUAGUGAUAAUAGAGUUACAAUUGAAUAAAUUUCAUUCGAUUUAAGUUCAUAUGAAGGUUCUUGGUUUUUCAAUGGAUUCUUGGCAAGUCCUUUAGAAAAAAGAGUAACUAUCUAUAUUAAGGAAUAAUAAACGAAUUAAAUAUUUUCUAAAGAUAUACCAAUUAGGUUUCCAUUUAAAGAAUAUAUUUUUAUUUAAAUAAUUGGCGGAGAUUUUAAAGUAGAAUAGGCAUCAAAAUUUUAUUUAUUUGAAAAUAAGUUACUAUCAUAUUUUCCAGGAUUAAUAUAAAUUCUUUCAAAAUGUUCUUAUGAUAGACCUGAUUAAUUAUUUUAAUUAAUCUAAUCAAGGGAUUAAAAACCAUGUAUUUGCAAAAAUAAUUAAAUAACGGAUUUACCAGAUGUUAAAAUUUAAAAUUAAGAUAUGUAUGAAUUUUUAUCAUAAAAUACUAAUUGUUAAUAAUUUCUAUUAGCAGGAUGGAUUAAAAUUUUAGAAAUUAAUAACAAUUCUAAUGAAUUUUAGUUUUUGUUAUUUAAAUUAAUGGGUAAUUUUUAACAUCCUUAAUUGACUUAAGAAAAUUUAUCUGCAUUUUAAUUAUUAUACAAAUUAUCAACAUAGAUAAAUUAAAUCAUUUUAACUACUUAUAGCUAUACUUUGCCUGUUGUUAAUAUUGAUUUUUCAACCAAUCCUUAUUUAAAGAAAGUAUAAUUUGAAGUGACCAAUGAUAUUUAAUUGUGGCAUUACCUUCUUGUUGAAAAAUCAGAUUAAUUUAUUUCAAUUACUAUUAAAUUUUAUUAGGGAUAUAAUUAAGAAAAAUUUAGCUUUACUUUAGAAGUAGUUUAAUUCUAAAUGGUAUAAUUUAAAUUACUAUAUGGAAAUAUUUUUUAAUCAAAAUCUAACUAUUUAACUCUUCAACUUACAGGAUUUUAAUUAUUUAAUUGUCUUGAUUUUAAUAAUCCGUAUAUAAAUUGUCAUCCAACAUGCAAAGAAUGUGACGGUCCAACAAAAGAUGAUUGUUUAUCAUGUUAUGAAGAUUCAAAUAGAAGAUAUAUAUCAGAAUAUAAAGUUUGUAUUUGUGAAUAUGGAACUAUUGAUUAGAAUAAUGAAUGCGUUAAUUAUUAAACAUUAUAACUAAAUAAGAUUGAAGUCUAGUAACUUGAAAAAUAAUGUCAGUAUGGUUUUUUUGAAAUUGAUGAUGAUUGUUAUCAAUGGUAUAAUUUAUUUAUUAUAUUUUAGUCCAUCAAGAAUUACAAUUGAUAUGAUAACAUGUUUAGAAUGUAUUUUAAAUCCAAAAUCAUGGAUUAAUACUCUCUUUUGUUAAACAUCCUACCUUGUUCAUCAAAAUGGAAGUGUUGCUAAAAAUUUUUCUUAUGAAAAUUUAUAAUACAUAUUCACAGGAGAUGAAUUGAAAUACUGUCCUAAUUGCGAUUUGAAUUUGAAAGCACCAUACGAUUUAAUUGAAGCAUCAUUAAUAUUUAAAAAUUUCUGCACUGCCAGUUAAUCAAUAAACGAUGGUUGUUAUUUUUGUCAGGAUGAAUGUGAAAGAUGUGCAAUAUUACCAACAAAUGAAUUAUGUUUAGAUAGGACUCCAAAUGUUAGUUUUGGUAAUAAAACUUGUUAUGCUCCAAAUUAUUUAAAUUUUUAUAAGAAGUGUGUAAGUUGUGAACUAGAAAAUUGCUUAUAUUGCUUUGAUUAUUUAGCUAGUGAUCCAACAAAAUCUACACUUGAAAGUUUAGAAAAUUUUUCACUUAACGAUGAAGAGAUAAAAAUAGGAUGCGCUUAGUGUAUAGAAGGGUAUAUCUUUGAAUUUAAAACAUCAACUUGUAUCAACUAAAAACCAAUAUAAUAAAAUUGCCUUAGAUCUUAUAUUAAUUUUGAUGAUAGAGAAAUUUGCACACUAUCAAAUGAUUUCACUAUCUCUUUAGAAAAAAUAAAUUGCCAAGACCUUAUACUACAUUGUAAAUAAUGUAUCAAAACUAUAUAAACAACAAUAAAAUGUUUAAUUUGUGAGGAUGGUUAUAUAGUCUCUUCUGUUACAGGAGUUUGUAGCAUUUGUUCUAUUUUAAAUUCAAAAUAAUGCUAAUAAGAUAAUUUAUAAGAACCAGGGAAAUGGUAAUUUUAAGGUUUUAUAAUUUAAUUUUUGCCACCUAAGACUAGAAUAAAUUAUGAUAUAUCUAGACCAAAUGAAAUAGUAAUUGAGUGUCAUCAAGGAUAUCGAGUUUUAGACAACUAUUGCCCACAAUAUUGUGAUGAAUCUUGUUCAGUGUGUGAAACAGAAAAAUUGUCACCAUCUUCCACAUUUUAUUGCUCUAAAUGCAAGAGAAAUUAUUACAAAGAACUAAUUAGAGUAUCAGUUGAUAGAAAAUGCAUAGAAUGCUCUUCAUUGUGUUAAGUUUGCUAGAAUAGAUCUACUGAUGAGAUUAAUGUAUUAGAAAUAAUUAUAAUAGCAAAUAAAUCCUUAUUUUAUAUAAGAUACAGAAAACUCAAUAUAUACUUUUAGGUGCAUCUAAAAAGUUCCAUUUGACAGCAAAAUUCAUAUUGAUCCAACCCUAGCGAUUGCUUAAUAUUGUUAUUAAGACAAUUGUAACUAUAAAUUAGAAAUUUUAUAUGUAAUAUUAUAUUCACUAACUUAGAAUGAUAUAAAAUGCGAUAAAAUAGAAAUUAUAAAUAAUGCUGAAUAUAAUUAUAAAUAUUUAAAUGAAAUUGGACUCAAAUAUUUCACCAUCACAAUAAAAUUAAUAUUAGAUUGUCAAUUUUGGUUUAAAGAAUUCAUAAUUUAAAACUAUCUGAAGGAAAAUAUAUUUUCUAUAAGAUAAAGUGAAUUAAUUCUUUAGGGUAAUAUAAACCCUAUAAUAAUACUAAAAGGCAUUAAAUUGGUAAUAUUAAAGCAUGAUUAAAUUGUAAUAAGUAAUUGUAUUUUUUAAAUAUCAACUUAAAUGGAAAUGAUAAUGACAAAUAGAGGUCAAUCAAUUAAUUUUUACAUUUUAAAUACAAAGUUUUAUUCAGAACAAAGUUAUCCUACAUAAAUAUCUAUUAAGGCAGAUAGCUUUUAUUAAUUUAAUAUUGAGAAUUUUACAAUUUCAGAUAUCACCAUAGGAAAUUCAAUAAUUUUUGAUAUAUUUUAUUAAGGUUUGAAUGAAGAUAUUAUGAUUAACAAUAUAAAACUUUAGGAUUGUAGAAUAAUAAAUUCAACUUUAUUUUAUUUUUAUAAUGUAAAGAGUAUCAUUUUUAUCAAGAAUUUUACAAUUGAUUCAUGCACCUUUGAAAAUUCAUCAAUUUUUAUUUUUUAAAUGGAUUAAAAUAGUAUAUCUAAUGUAUUCUUAGAUGAAUUAGUGAUAUCAAAUUGUUUAUUUAAAAAUUCAAAACUUAUAUAUAGUCCAGACACAACAAUUUUAAAUAUUGAUAAUUUAUCAAUUAUCAAUAAUUAGAUGCUAAGUUCUUAAUUUAUAGUAUUUAAUUACAACUUUUAUUGUAAUGAUAUUAAAAUUAUUGAUAAUUAUUUUCUUUAGCUUUAAUUAAUUGCAUAAAUCUAAUCAAUUCUAUCAAUAAAAGAAAUUUCGAUAAAGAACUUAUUUGUAAAAAAAAAUCAUUUAACAAAUUGUUCAUUAUUUAUUACAUAGCAAAAAUAAUUAUUUAAUAAUAUUGACUUUUUAUUAUUAAAUUUUCAUUUUGAAGAUAAUAUUCCUUCUUGUAGAAACGACGAUAUUCUAAUCUCAAUAAACUGUUUUAAUUUAAUAAUUUAAAAUAUUUUUCUAAAAAAUACUACAAAUUAUCGUUUUUUAAAUUUAUAAGAUAUACAUUAAAUUCAAAUCGAUAAUUUAAUGUAUGAAAAUUAAGUUCAGGAAUAUAAAGUGCCUUAUUAAUUUGAUUGCUUAAGAAUUUGUGUUCCUCAGUCACAAUUACUUUAAAUUUUUGGAUUUAAUAGAAUUUUUAUAAAGAAUAUACAAGUGAAAAGUUAAUUUAGUGUGGUUGGCAUUACCUUCUUGUUGAAAAAUCAGAUUAAUUUAUUUCAAUUACUAUUAAAUUUUAUUAGGGAUAUAAUUAAGAAAAAUUUAGCUUUACUUUAGAAGUAGUUUAAUUCUAAAUGGUAUAAUUUAAAUUACUAUAUGGAAAUAUUUUUUAAUCAAAAUCUAACUAUUUAACUCUUCAACUUACAGGAUUUUAAUUAUUUAAUUGUCUUGAUUUUAAUAAUCCGUAUAUAAAUUGUCAUCCAACAUGCAAAGAAUGUGACGGUCCAACAAAAGAUGAUUGUUUAUCAUGUUAUGAAGAUUCAAAUAGAAGAUAUAUAUCAGAAUAUAAAGUUUGUAUUUGUGAAUAUGGAACUAUUGAUUAGAAUAAUGAAUGUAUUAAUUAUUAAAGAUUAUAAUUAAAUAAAAUUGAUGUCUAGUAAAUUGAAAAAUAAUGUCAAUAUGGUUUUUUUGAAAUUAACGGUGAUUGUUAUAAAUGGUAUAAUUUAUUUUUUAUAUUUAGUCCAUCGAUAAUUACAAAUACUGUAAUAACAUGUUUAGAAUGUAUUUUAAAUCCAAAAUCAUGGAUUAAUACUCUUCUUUGUUAAACAUCUUUCCUUGUUCAUCAGAAUGGAAGUGUUACUAAAUAUUUUAAUGAAGAAAAUUUAUAAUACGUUUUUGCAGGAGAUGAAUUAACAUAUUGUCCUGAUUGUGAUUUGAAAUUGAAAGCACCAUAUGAUUUAAUUGAAGCAUCAUUAAUAUUCAAAAAUUUUUGCUCUGCCAGUCAAUCAAUAAAUAAAAAUUGUUAUUUGUGUAUAAAUAAAUGUAACUAAUGUGCAAUUUCAUCAACAAAUUAAUUAUGUUUAGAUAGGACUCCAAAUGUAAGUUUUGCCAAUAAUCCUUGUUAUGCUCCAAAAUACAUAAAUUUUUAUAAGAAUUGUGUUACUUGUAAACUAGAAAAUUGUUUAUAUUGUUUUGAGUAUUUAGCUAGUGAUCCAACAAAAUCUACACUUGAAAAUUUAGAAAUUUUUUCACUUAAUGAUGAAGAGAUAAAAUUAGGAUGUGCUUAGUGUAUAGAAGGAUAUGUAUUUGAAUUUAAAACAUCAACUUGUAUCAACUAAAAACCAACUUAAUAAAAUUGCCUUAGAUCUUAUAUUAGUCUUGAUGAUAGAGAAAUUUGCACACUAUCAAAUGAUUUCACUAUCUCUUUAGAAAAAAUAAAUUGCCAAGACCUUAUACUACAUUGUAAAUAAUGUAUCAAAACUAUAUAAACAACAAUAAAAUGUUUAAUUUGUGAGGAUGGUUAUAUAGUCUCUUCUAUUACAGGAGUUUGUAGCAUUUGUUCUAUUUUAAAUUCAAAAUAAUGCUAAUAAGAUAAUUUAUAAGAACCAGGGAAAUGGUAAUUUUAAGGUUUUAUAAUUUAAUUCUUGCCACCUAAAACUAGAAUAAAUUAUGAUAUAUCUAGACCAAAUGAAAUAGUAAUUGAGUGUCAUCAAGGAUAUCGAGUUUUAGACAACUAUUGCCCACAAUAUUGUGAUGAAUCUUGUUCAGUGUGUGAAACAGAAAAAUUGUCACCAUCUUCCACAUUUUAUUGCUCUAAAUGCAAGAGAAAUUAUUACAAAGAACUAAUUAGAGUAUCAGUUGAUAGAAAAUGCAUAGAAUGCCCUUCAUUGUGUUAAGUUUGCUAGAAUAGAUCUACUGAUGAGAUUAAUGUAUUAGAAAUAAUUAUAAUAGCAAAUAAAUCCUUAUUUUAUAUAAGAUACAGAAAACUCAAUUUAUACUUUUAGGUGCAUUUAAAAAGUUCCAUUUGACAGCAAAAUUCAUAUUGAUCCAACCCUAGCGAUUGCUUAAUAUUGUUAUUAAGACAAUUGUAACUAUAAAUUAGAAAUUUUAUAUGUAAUAUUAUAUUCACUAACUUAGAAUGA